UAAGAAGAAGGCGGCGCAUAACAAAAACGUUCGCUGACAAAUGUCGUCCUUCCAGUGCGUCGCGCGGAGCAGCUGAUUUUUCCCGUGUAGUUGCUAGGCAUUUUCAAGCUCUGUGCCAGGCAAGAUGACCACAGCCAGGUAUCGGCCCACCUGGGACCUGGCCCUGGACCCGCUGGUCUCCUGCAAACUGUGCCUUGGAGAGUUUCCCCUGGAGCAGAUGACCACCAUCACUCAGUGUCAAUGUGUCUUCUGUACACUGUGCCUGAAGCAGUAUGUGGAACUCCUGAUCAAAGAGGGGCUCGAAACUGCUAUUAGCUGUCCAGACUCUGCCUGUCCAAAAAGAGGACACUUACUGGAAAAUGAGCAAUCAUCUGGCCUAGCUCCCUCGCACCACAGCAAUCAUCUGGCCAAGCUCCCUCGCACCACAGCAAUCAUCUGGCCAAGCUCCCUCGCACCACAGCAAUCAUCUGGCCAAGCUCUGGCUCCCCCUCUAAACGUGUCAUCGUGCUUAUACAGAGUGGAUGGGCUCUGCUCUCCUGCAUCACUCCCCGAUUUGAGGUCAAUCCAAGGGCACCGCUCCUCGCCUCUCCAGAUCGAGUGCAUGGUGGCUUCAGAGGUUCUGCAGAGACACAAGAAGCUACAGUUUGAAAGGGAGGUGCUUCUGGACCCGUGUCUGACGUGGUGCCCUUCGUCGUCGUGCCAGGCAGUGUGCCAGCUGAAGGAGACUGAGGUGGCGCUGCCCCAGCUGGUGCAGUGUGCAGUGUGCACCCUGGAGUUCUGCUCUGCCUGCAAGGCUAACUGGCACCCCGAGCAGGCCUGCCCACCACUGGAGAACAACCUACCCAUCACCGCCUUCCUACCUGGAGAGACCAGCUCCUUCUACAAGAGUGACGAUGAUGACGGUCCCAUCAAGCGCUGUCCCAAGUGUAAGGUGUACAUCGAGAGAGACGAGGGCUGUGCCCAGAUGAUGUGCAAGAACUGCAAACAUGCCUUCUGCUGGUACUGCCUGGAGUCACUGGACGAUGACUUCCUCCUGAUCCAUUUUGACAAAGGACCCUGUCGAAACAAACUAGGUCACUCCAGGUCGUCUGUCAUCUGGCACAGAACACAGGUGGUGGGGAUCUUCGCUGGCUUUGGCCUGCUCCUGCUGGUGGCCUCUCCCUUCCUCCUCCUGGCCACACCAUUCAUCCUCUGCUGCAAGUGCAAGUGCAGCAAAGGAGAUGAUGACCCCUUUCCCACCUAAACCUCACCCCACCAACACAGGAGGGUGAAGAGUCCGCCCCCCCUCCCCCGCCGUGGGCCAUUUUUUUCCUUUUUUUCCCCUAUUGCCUCCCUCCAACCUUGGAGUGCUGCUUCAUUUAAUGGGACUUGGCUAGCCACAUCCCAAUCCAUCUCACUCCACAGUGUCAUGGUGGGAGUGGAGGAGGAGGAGGAGUUGACCCCAUGCCCAUUGGCCUGGUAGAAGAGGUCAAAGGUCACAGGUCAGACUGAGGAGGACAAUGAUGCCCCUCUCUGUGUGGAUUUGUGGGUUUGUGUAAGUAUACUGUAGCAGGGCCACUGAGGCCUCGGCUGUGCUUCAGGCAGUACAAGACAAGAGGAGGGUGUUUUAUCAAGAUGAAUGAUAAACACAUUAGGAUGUCUUGAUCAGGGUUGGGCUCAAUUCUAAUUGAGGUCAGUCCAUUUAGGAAUUAAACUAAAAUUCAAUAAUUUAUAAAAUUGCAUUUAUUUUAAAUUACUUCUCAAUAAACUUAACUGUAUAAACUUUUUAUUUCAAAAGUUAAAUUGAAAUCACUUCAAUGAAUUGACUGCCUUCAAUUUGAGUUGAGCCUAACCCUGUUCUAGAUCCUCUCCUCGGGACAUUUUCAUGCAGUGCCAGCUUGAAUCGGAGGACCUUUCACUUGAACUUACUUUAAUCAAGUUUUGUUAAUUUGUCGAACACAAAGCUCCCUCCCCCCACUCUCUCUGUGUAGCUGUCAACAUACAGGAAGUAGCACUGGAGUUACAUGAUGACCCACAUUUUGUGUUCACUAAGUUUGCACAUGGGACUCCCGUUUGUCACUUUACUGACCGGGGCGGGAGUUGGGGCGUUUUCUCUCUCACUCCCCUGUACAGCACGUUCUCUUGUUGAUGUCAGUGUUUUUGUAAUCUUUCGCUCUGUUCCAACUAUCAGCAAGAAAGUAUUCAUUUUACAAACUGGAUUUGAACUCUUAUGUGUCUACAGGUAUUUGUGAGGGUGUCCCAAACUCACUCUCACGUCCCAAUAAGAUAAUCAUGGGCCUGUAUUCACACCGUCUCAGAGUAGGACUGCUGAUCUAGGAAAGACUCAACUAAUCCUAGGUUAGCACUCUUACUCUGAAACACUCUGUGAAUACAGGCCCUGAACCUUAGUGUCGUCAUCCACACAGACGGAAACAAACCAUUUGGAAUCAACAGAAGCGACUUCUGUUGUCAAAUGGAAUACCUGAAUAUAGAUGUCAUGCCGUUUUAAUUCAGAGUUCCUCUGAACCCAGAUAAGCAUAUUGCUUAGCCAAAUAGAACAAAUGGUUUAAAAUAAAUUAGAAAAGUAGCCAAAAAGCCACCUUAGUAUUCUGAAGAAGAAAAAAAUUGUCUUGCAAAAACAUGGCUUUUGUCCAGUUCCGUCCUUGUGAAAGCACACUUAAAUAAUGAAUAUGUUUAAUGCAUCACAAUCAGUCAUUAAAACCUGUUUAUUGUCAGGUAGAACAUAAGAGAUGAAUUCAUGUCUCUCUCUGAUACAAAGAUGUCUCUUCAUAUCAUCCAUAUCACAUUGAUGUUGGUCAUAUAUCCAACUACUGUAAUGAACAAUAAUCCUAUACAAAUGUUUUUUGUUGUGUGAACUAGUGGAAAACUUGCAUAUGUUAGUGGUAUGGUUGUCAAUGUUUUCAUUGGGAGAAAGUUGAGAGCUCACUCUCUCUACAUGCAGCUAACCUUUGCAGGGCUAUCAAAAUGUCAAGAACUUCACUAGACUGUUUUGGACACAUCCGAAAGCUGCUCUACACAUCACUGUAUCUAUGCAAGUUUGUGCGUUUCCAAUCUUACUAGGUCUUGCUAAUAGUGUGGUCAUAUCAAGCGGUCCACUAUGUUAUACCAGAUUCCCUGUGCCAUCUCUUCAUACGGUAGUGUUUUACAAUGGGGUGGUUGACUUGCAUCAGAUGUAACAUGGGUUUGAUUUGACCUAUCUGGGAAGCCAUACAUUAGUUAAUCACCGUCAUUUGUUCUCAUGUUGUUCCAUUAGACUGUGUGGUGAGGAUGCAUGUAGCUACACCGUUUCUCACUCUGAAACGCAUUUAAAAGGGCAAUCUGCUGCAUCCAUUUUUGGACUUUUAAAUUCAUAAUAUGUAGCCAUUGAUUCAUGAAGAAUAUAACGGUCUCAUGAGCUUAGUUCAACUGUUUAAACCCAUUAGAUACCAAACUAUACCCUUGUUUUACUCAUUUGUAAACACUAAUAAUUCUAUAGCCUCAAAAUGGUUAACUAUAGUUUUGAUAUUUAAUGGAUGGUCAGUCCUUGCAUCCAUAGCUGUUUUAUGAAUUUCUACAUCUACUGUUUACCAAAACAGUGGCAGGGUGACCACUUUUUUUUUUUAUUGCUUGAACUGAAGAUUGACCCUAAACUCAAGACAUGAGUCAUUAUCAUUCCGUCCAUCACUUAGCUACUUUGGAACACAUACAGAAUACUGAGAAACUCUUCAAAGAAGUCCCUGAUUUUUAAUGUUGCUCUCGUAGCAUUCAAAUAGGGGCUAUGGCAGUUAAUAGGACUAGCAUCAGCUAUCACCUUACCUCAUGGUAGCCAUUCCUUUAAAAACAAAGGGAAUGUUAGCCUAAAUGUUUAAAUACCUCGCCUGUAGCCUCAUUUUCUUCUAACCCUUACUGCGUCAAAGCCUGUAAUUCCCAAAAAAUUCAGUUGAUCUUAUUGACCCUGUUCUGUCAGUAAGGAAUAUAAAGGUUUCAACUGAACAUGUGGCUCACUGAGCUGACCAUGUCUUUGUAUGACAAUCGUGCCAAGAAGGUCUCUCGUGGGUGGCAAUGGUGAAAUUGAAUGAGUGAAUAGUAAGUGAAGUGAAUAGUUUGAAGCGUCUAAGAAUGUGUCAAAUAAAAGCUGCGAUCUUGUUUCCAUAUGUUGUGGAUGUUAAUGUUGGAGGUUGAGCCUUGGAAUACUCUAUGGUAUGACGUGUACUAUUGUUUUGGUUUUCAAGAUGUAUGUUCAUUAAAUACUGUAGUUCUUUCUGGAAUUGUUGAGUUUUUGAAUGUGUUCGGAGAUCAGAAGAAAUGUAGGCGCUAUUUCCAGGUUUCCUCAACUCGGAGACUUGGAAGGACGGCAUUGUAGGACUAUAGAAAUGUAACACAACUUGUUUCCACUUCUCUUAUCGUCUAUUUGGUAUAGUUGGGAUGUUGAGCUGAGAAGAAAUCUUGAAUAUUUGUCCUCUGACUCAACUGAUUUAGGUUGCUGGCUUUUCAUAUGGUUACACAGUAUCUACCAAUCAAACUCCAAGGACUCAUACAGUCAUUGGUGUCAUCUGGUUUCAGUCAGCAUUAUGCAGCAAAGGGCCAAAAAACUUACAUUUAAACGCCAUUCACCUUGAGGUGAGGCCAUGCAUGUUGCACAAUUAUUUUCUAAGAUUUGAUACUUCUAUUUCUUUGUCCACGUUUCUACUGAGAUAAAUGUAGGUUGUUGAAAAAAUUCCAUUGCUCUUGUUUUUAAAAUGCAUGUUGUACUCUACCAUUACUAUGCGUUUUAAGAUCCCAUGCUACGCCUCUUCAUUUUAGGGACUGAAACAAGUCCUUAAAUUUGGGAAGUUUUCUGUCAUGACAUACUCUUUAUCCUGGCUUUUGGAGUUUGCCUUUCACACUUAAGAUACUGUACAUAGGUUGCCUUUGUGUUAUACUUGUUCUGUUGGCUUUGAUGCAGUUAAUCAUACAUUUAAUUACUUUCAACUUUUCAAAAGAUGUAACCUUUUAAAUUGGCAUGUGUGGAUAUCCUUCGAUAAACCAACAUUGUACUUUUCCCAUGUAUCUACAGUUUCACGAACUCUGUGACAUGGAAUAAAUGUGGUUGUUUUUUGUGA